GCAGUCGCGGAAGGAGCCUCUAGGGGAUCGCUCAAGGAUGCUGAUCGUGGGAGAGAGACUGAUGAGAGCUGGCAGUGAAGGAAACCUGCUGAGAUCCAUGCCGAACCAACAGCAGGAGCUUCAGGAGCAAAACUUGAAGAUGAUCUCCAAACCAGAGAAGGUGAAGAGGGAUCGGAGGCCAUGCUCGGCAGAGGAUGUGGACAAUCUGGACAGGAAGUCGAGCAGCAGGGACGUGUGUGACCGAUCGAACCCCUGGUCCCCUCGCACGCUUCCUCGGAAAAACACACUCGCCAUGCAGACGCAUAACACGGAGCAGAGAAGAGAAGCCUUUCUAGAGCUUCUGAAGCAGAAAUAUCCUCAUCACUCCUCAGUCAUCGCCGGACAUCAGGAGAGACUCCGUGAUCACAUCAGGACUCAGGGUGUGUUAGAGGAGCAGGAGUGUGUGAGAGGGGUCAUGUCUGAAGGAGAAGCUCUCACAUCCUUCACGCGGGGAAGCCGAACUCGUGCCAGUCUCCCCGUCGUCAAAUCCAGCAACUACACCAAGGAGCGCUCUCUGGGUGUUCUCCACCUGCAGUAUGGCGAGGAAACGAAACAGAUCCUCAUGCCUAACGAGGUGUCGGGUGCUGACACGGUGCACGCUCUGUUCGUCAGCGCUUUCCCUCAGCAGCUCACGCUCUCCAUGCUCGAGUCGCCCAACAUGGCCAUCUACAUAAAGGACCACGUCAGGAACAUCUACUAUGAGCUCACGGAUGUCAGGAACAUCACACCACAGUCCUACCUGAAGGUCUAUCACAAAGACCCCAAUCAGGCCUUUAAUCACAACACGAGAAACAACAAUGGAGAUGGCAGAAUUGCUCGUGAAAGACUUUACAGCUCCAGACAGCAGCAGGAUAGUGGACAGCCUUCUCCACAGAGUCACAUCCAGGGCUUUCAGGGUUCUCUGUCUCCACCUCUGACUCGUUCCAUUCCCACAUCACCGAUAAAGUUCACCUACAACUCCCGCACCCUGCCGGCCGGCGCCAUGCUUCCCCGUGAGCGAGCGUCCAGCACGCCGAGUUCCAGCGCCAUCCUGGAGCGUCGUGAUGUCAAACCGGACGAGGUGGUCGACCCGUAUGGGUUUCCUGAGGGGCGCUUGAGCAUGUCUGAUGCCCCCGAUGGCUCCAUCUUCCACCAACACUCUCUCUACAGGCAAAAAUCUCGCAAGUACAGUGAGAACCAACACAGCCCUCUGAGCCCGAAAAGCCAGAAAACACCGCCCCCUUCACCUCACAGGGUCAACGAGGUCAGGAUGAUUGACAUUCACCCGGGACAGAACCCACACAUGAUGGUGGAGAGGACGGGGUCCCUGCGAAGAUCUUUCAGGAAGGAGAGCAACGGGACACUGGAGGUGGCAGCGAGGCCCAGAGGAACCAUGGCGUCCCCCGUGUACUCAGAUUUACACGGAGAAAGAGCGUUCCAGGGGCUUGGACCAUCAGCAAAUCCUCAGAGUAAGCGCAUGAAGGCGAUGGAGAAGCAGUUAGCCAGUCUCACGGGUCUCAUUCAGCACGCUCUCUUUAAAGGAUCGAACUCCAGCGGAGGAAAAGAUUCAGCGAGUGAGAAAUUGAUAUCGGACUCUUUGGCUCAAGAUGAAAACAACAGCGGAGACUCCCCCGUGGCUGUGUGUAAGAGUCCUGCUCUUCAGUCCAUGUCUCCAUCAUCUCCUCUGGUCAGAGACCCAUCUCUCGGUCUCCUCCUCUCCACCUUCCGCAGGAAUGUCUCCACCCUCCGCCAGCAGCUCCAUCAGAUCCGACAGACUGAGCUGCAGAAUCAGGUGGCGAUGAGGACGAUGCUGAAGCAGGCAGAGGAGGAACUGACCCUGAGAUUGUGCGAGAAGCUGAAGAUGAUGGACGAGCCGCUGAAGAAGCAGAGGAAAGACGUGGAUGAGGAAAGACACAGAUAUGAGGAGAUGGAGGAGAACAUGCUGCUCCAACUGAGUGAGUUGGAGCAACAUGUGGAGCAGCUGAAGAGGAACUCCGGCUCGGCUCAGAGACCCGUCACGAUGUGGGACGUGGAGGACGGGGCGGUUAAUCUGAGGAAGGUCGGAGAGACUCUUGCCACGCUGAAAGGAGAGUUCCCAGGUCUGCAGUCAAGGAUGCAUGGGGUGUUGAGGAUGGAGGUGGAGGCUGUGCGCUUCCUGAAGGAGGAACCUCAGAAGAUGGACAACAUGCUGAAGAGGGUCAAAGCCCUGACUGAAACUCUCAGCUGCCUCAGGAUAAGUGCUACAGAAGGCUCGAUCCGCACCGACCCAAUCUCCAUGAAGCCUGAGUCACCCGAUUCCCUGGAACUGACCCAGGACUCAACCACGUCUCAGCAGCAUUUAUCCUCAAACCCCGCCCACUUUACUAUCGCCUCUUCUUCUAACCCCGCCCACUGUGAGCUCAUCUCCUCCUCUCCCAUCAUGGUACAACGAGCCUGCAGCUUGGCCCUGAUCCCCGGUCACGUUCGAGACGCUUCUAACGAGGUCACUGUGAACCCCAGGGGCCACGGAGAGGUGAGGGACACCCCGAACAGAGAACCUGCAGAAAGAGAUGAGGGGGUGGACAGGAGACAGGUCGAGUCAAAAGCAGACAUGGAGCUCAUUUUGCAGCAGGCUCAAGCCAACCUAAUGAAGAACAUACCUGAGUUGGAGCUGACCAAUCAGGAGAAGGGUAGAGCCUCGGCUACUGCUUCUACCUGGCUUGAGGAAGUGGACACUCCUCAUUCUCCACGUCCAGAGGCCACCACUCCAGCCGAACCAGUAGCAGAUAAACCGGUCCAGACCGGCUCGGAGUGUGUUCAUAAACCUCCUUUAGAGAAGCCUCCCAAAGCUGGCGUGGACCGAGUCCCCAGUCAGGAUGCAGAAAGCAAAUCUCCACCUCCUGCUCCGCCCCGUAGGUUCUCAGGGACAGGGCUGACGACCGGACGCUCCGGGGAGGUCAUCUACACCUCUCACAAGGAUCCUGCCUCUCCUCAGCAGGAGCUCGAGGAGGUGGACGUCGCUCUCCAAUCCAAACCGCAGCGAGUUCGUCCUGAGUUAAAACCCAAACCACGCUCACUUCCUCCAAUCAACGCACGUGAGCAGGAGGAGGAGGAAAGCGAUGAAGAUAAGAUCAUAGCAGAACUGCAGGUGUUUGAGAAGUGCCUGGUUAAAGACUUAGAGCCCAGAUAUGUUGUUGACCUGACCACCCACGUGCACCCUGACCGAGAGCUGGAUCCGGCCUUCUCGCUCUCCUCGUACGACCCCAAGAAAUGUCAGAACACAGCUGUUCAUGGCGAAGAAGGAAAACAUUCUUCUCAUGCUUCACCUGGAUCUGGGGUCAUAUAUUACAUCACUGGCACGGCAAAAAACCCCAGCGGCAAUCCACUGGCAGGACCUGAAGCACAAAACGAGCCCCAGGAAGAAGUCGUUUCCUCGUCUAAGGUGGCGCAUCCGAAUUCUGCUGAUUUUACCCAACAGCCGAACGUACUAACGCCAUCUGACUUGACUUUAGAUUCCCCUAAAUCAAUAGAAGAAAGCACGAAAGUGUCAAGUGACACUCAGAAAAUCUAUGCAAGUCUUCCUGAAUUUCAGAAGAACAACAGCAUCGAUGAAGCAAUGAUUCCAAAAGAGUCGUCCGAGAGCAUGACCAGUAAGCCAGAGAAUCCGGUGUUGGUUUCUUCUGAAAAACUAUCCAACAAUGGAUCGGAGGUACAGGUGGCUAAAUCACUGGUACGACCAGAAACGUUGAUGUUAUCAGAAGAGCCCAUGAGUCAAGAAGACAAACAGCAGGUGGUAUUGAGAUCGUCUAGGGGUCGACCUGGGUACAGUGAGGAGACCAGCUUGAGUCCUGACCUUCCUCCUGAUGAGGGUCCUCCUCCAUCUGACAACAUUGCCUUCAUGAUCACCAAAACCAGAGUGCAGGCUCUGUCCACCGGGGAAUACCAGCAGCUUGUAAGCUCCAAGGAACAAGACGUCGAAACCGUUAAAGUGGGAACAGAUGAGACCAUGUCCACCACGGAGAACAGCGAGUUCAGCAAGAAACCGGUCAUCAUCGUCUUCGAUGAGCCCAUGGAUAUCAGACAGGCCUAUAAACGUCUCUCGACCAUUUUCGAGUGCGAGGAGGAACUGGACAGGACGCUCUCAAAGGAGCGCAUCAUCGAAGAUCCUGAAGAGAAUAAUGAAGAAGUGAUGGACAAGGAUCAGGUUGACAAUCAGAAUGAGUCUGGUGGCAGCACCAGUGGUAAUCAUCUCCAAGUGCCAAAUCGACAGCAGAAACUCAAUGACUUCUCUUCUAUGGAGUCACAAGAUGCUGCCCAAUUAGACGUCCCCACUGAUGCCAAGCAAGAAGCCAAAAAGAAGUUUAAGUUUAAGUUCCCUAAGAAACAGCUGGCUGCGAUUGGCCAGGCCCUUCGUACUGGUACAAAAACAGGGAAAAAAACAUUGCAGGUGGUGGUUUAUGAAGAUGAGGAGGAACCAGAUGGUACAGUAAAGGAAGCAAGAGAAGCCAAGAGGUUUGAGAUUAAAUCCAGUAUAGACUCCGUCAGUCCUGACGUUUCAGCCAACGAGCCAUCAGAAUCCCAGGCCAGCAAUCAGCAAACUUCUGUGGGAAGGACUAAUGAGAUCUGUCAAACUGCAUACAAGACCUUAGACAGCCUGGAGGAGACCAUUAAACAGUUAGAAACCACGAUCACAAACAUGGACCCUGGACUGCCCCCUGACACCAUCAGAAAAGAUCCAAAAGGCAAAAGAGUUGUGGAGAACCAAAAGGCGCAGACCGAAAGCAGUCCAUCGAAGAAACCGGCUCCUCUAGGGCCAAAGCCUGAGAAGCCUCCUCAGAGGAAGAAGCCCAAAGUCCAAUGUGUUCCUCGACCUUCUUCCUCACUUUGCACCGGCAGCACCAAACAGAACUCCAGCGGUUCCUCUUCAACAAACCGAGUCGCCUCGCCAAGAUCACGGCAACCAGCAGGAAGCGUGGAAAAACCUCCAAAACCACCGAAGCUUCAGGAUUCGCAGAGCCAGUUCCGACAGGUGGUUCUGUUGUAGAGCUACCUGGAUGCAGGACGUUCACAUGCAGGGGCUGAAGAUGCAGAAUCUCGUCAGCCUCGUUUUGUCUCCAGACAUUAAAAUGUUUGGUGGUUUCUGAACUACUCAUCAGAACGUUGAUGGUUCAAAAACCAAGAUGAUGGAUCUUUGAGAAGAAGUUGCUUUGAAAAAGCCAAAAAAAAAAAAAAAUUCAGUGGUUAUGAACAGAGAGAGGAUUAAUCUCUGCACUGAAAGGGUUAAAGCGCUCGCUGUCUACUCCUGUAAUGUGCCAAAGUUUCUUUUGCAGUUAUCAUUUCCAGAAGAAAUUGCAUAUUUACCCAGCAAGCAUUUUUGCUGCAGUGUUACAACUUGGUAUUUAUAUUCAUUGUACACAAUUUAGUUAAAACGACACGCAAACGUUUUUUGUUUCUGUAGGAGCAGCUUUAAAAACGAUAGAAACCAUUUAACCUGCUUCGCCUCGACAUCUGCGACUUUAUACUUCAGGGGCUCAAGGUGAAGGUUCUUGUCUGAAAGUUCUGCAGCAAGUUGCGUCUCGGUUCAUAUUAAAGAGAGUUGAUGAUUUUCAGGAAGACGUGGCGGAGCAACUGUUGUUGACGUGGACCAGGUGAAUGACCUAAUAAAGUUUAUGCAAAUUAGCAGAGAUGCGAUCGAGGGAUAAUUCAGUCUUUGCCCCCCGGAGCUGAAACCUUCUCAUUGUUCUUAUUUGGUUUCAAUAUGGGAAAACUGGUUAAGUUCUGGAAUUAUUUUGUGCACUAAAGCUGCGAUUUAAGGAACUCUCGUAUUGGUGCUUCUGGCGUAGGUUUUUCGUUUGAGGGUUUGGAUUAGAUUACUUCAGAUUAGUUUAGUUUAGAUUAGAUUAUUGGAGAGUUGUGUUUAUUUUAGAGGUGUGAGAAUUACAUGGUUGGAAUGUAACCUACGUGUACAGAUGAUUUUUUUUCUGAAAAUGAGAAAUCAUUCUUAUCUUCAUCAGAGAAAACAGAGAACGAACUCAACAGUGUGUCAUUAGUGUUUUUAUGUUUGGGUUUCAAAACACUGCCAGAUUUAACCAACAUUAUUCUUCUGAACUAUUUCACUUUAAAAACCAAAGUUAUUGAGACUCACGUUGUGUUUGUAGAGAAAAGAGUGUGAUGUUUGAAUAUCAUAUUCCCUGAGUAGUUUAUAGUUCAUCUUUUAGUGUGUUAAACAUCAUACACAAAAUCUGAUGUGUUAAUAUCAGAAACUUGUUUUCACUUUCCUGGUCAAAGUUCUCUGCUAUGCAUGUUCUAGGUAUUUUCAUUAUAAACAGUCUAAUUUUUUGCACAAAGCUCCAGCUGUAAAUAUGUUCUUGGGUUUUGUAAAACACGUUCAGAUGCUUUGCGGAGGAACGAAACGCUCGUAUAGAAAAGGUGUCUAUGCAAUAAAGUGUCUGUCGCUUA